AUGAAAACUCCGGCGAAGAGUCAUCUACUCAACACGGAGGUCGCAAUCGGAAACGAAGCUCGGCAACAAGGCAUUUACGAUGUGGAGACUUUCCGAGAUACGCUACCCAAAGGACAUUUUGGACCUUUCGUUGCAGUAGUUCUAUUGGCUUUGGUGUUCUCAUUUCUCAUCGCCCUCCUCAGGGUUGCAGUGCCCAUAAAACAUCCUGGCUCACUUUCGAAUACUGAGCGAGCUCUGUACGUCACGGGGACAACCAUUCUGGCCAGCUGCAUAGCUACGUACGUCGGCCGCGAAAUAAAGCUUCUAUGGACACGUAUAAUACUCCGCCGGUCCUCUGAUGGGAUUGGCUAUCCCUCCCGCGAAGAUAUCGCUGAAAUGAGGACACUCCUUGGCCUAGGCACAUUGCCUGAACAAUUUCGUUUCUGGUCUACUACUGGCGCGCUACUUAUGAUCGGUCUUCUCACAACAGCAAUGGUCGCCGGUGUUACUCCCUAUGUAGACCAAGUAAACCAAAGGGCAUGGAGUGUUCUGUUUACAAACGGGGUUGAGCCUUGUUUCUAUGCAAGCGACAAUGCUUCAAACGAUUGA